UAAUGAAUACACCACAGAGGGCUGCUGGUCUGGUUGAGUCUAUUCUCUCCUCUGUACCAGGACAAGAUCACAUCUUUCCGGUUCUUCACAGUGCGCACCACUGAACAGUUGGAGAUUUAGAGGAAUGAACCAUUUGUUCAGAUGGAGAAGGCUUGCCAGACUGAUGUUCAUGCUGAUAUAUUUUCUCAUUAAUGUUCUCUGUGCUUCCCAGCAAACAGUCCAGUCUGAGACUCAGCAGGUGAAAGGCAUCGUGGGACAGUCUUUCUCUUUUCAAGAGAGGGUGAUCAAUUCUAGCAAUUUACUUUAUGGAGACCUUGGCAGUAUUGCAAAUGUGUACCCUGGUAAACGAGGCAAAAUCACCCUUGAGAAGAGAUUUGAAAACCGCCUCCACUUGAACAAUGUUACAAGAUACUUCACUCUGUCAGACCUUCAGAUAGACGAUGCUGGGGUUUAUACUGUGGAGAAUACAGAUGAAGGGAAAAAAAGAAAAACAUUUGAGCUCACAGUAUACAAUGUUGUUUCCAAACCUCAGGUGACAGAGUGUAACAGCAGCUCCUGUAGUGUGGUGUGUUCUGUGGACAAUGAAAAAGAGGUGACCUUGACCUUGUACAGGGGAGAGGAAAUACUAAACCAGACCAGUAGUCCUGACCUCACCUCUGAUCUUUCUCUCCAUUUGGAGGUAGAGGGAAAGAACUACAACUCCACCUACAGCUGUGUGGCUUCCAACCCUGUCAGCAAUGAGACAGUUCUUGUCCCAAAAUGUUGCAGUGAAGAUGGUCAUCCUAAUGAUGCAGACAGUGGCGAGAGGACUCUGGGUGUGCUUAUUAUUGAUGUAACCUGCGUUUUGGUUGCCUCAGGGCUGGUUGGACUUGCAAUCUAUCUAAGGAAGAGGGGAAAUGAACACUCACAAGGCAGAUUCAGCCGAAAGAGUGCAGGUUGACAUUGAGUAUACAGAGAUAACUCCUAAAAAACGAACAGAUAACCAGGUUAGUAAAAAUGUUACAGGCUGAUUGACAAUACAGCAGCCCUCAUGUCUACAACUGUUGGCUUUAUCUCUGUGUCAGUGGGUUCAUGUGGUCUUGAGUUGCACAGACCACCUGAGUUUGAUACCCGGCCUGAUGUCUUUGCAACUCAUUUGGUUGCACAAUGAGAAGCCACACGGCGCAUAUGGUGUACCGGAGUGCCAAAUCUAGGUCCAAAAGACUUCUUAACAGCUUCUACCCGCAAGCCAAUAGACUCCUGAACAGCUAAUCAAAUGGCGACCCAGACUAUUUGC